CUGAACACGUCUCCCGAUGUCGACUUUUCCUCGUUUUCUCUUCAUCAAACUCGACUUACCCCUACCCCAGCUCCAGUCAACCAGAUUCUGUCCAGCUCCUCCCUGUCAUCCUCUUUGUCACUUUCGUACCACUGGACUCCCACUUUUUCUCCACCCCUUUUCCACCGUUUGCUCCAUUCAUCCCUCCGUGGCCACCUGAAGUCCCUCCUGGUUCUCCUGGCCUUCCUUUGUUUUCUACUGCAGCCAGCACAGGCAGGGUGGUUCCGGGUGGGAGUAGUUGGACCGUGGGGGUGCGAUCCUCUAUUUGCCAAGGCCCUUCCUAAUGUGGCGGCACAGCUGGCUGUCAAUCGCAUCAACAAGGACCCUUCGCUGUCCUACGCAGUGACGUUUGACUAUACUGUUCUGCAGGAGCCUUGUGAAACAUCCAGGGCAUUGGAGGCAUUUGUGGGUUUCCACACUAAGGCGUCAGGGUACAUUGGACCAGCCAACCCUGGUUACUGUGAUGCUGCCUCGAUGCUGAGUAAAGGCUGGAAUAAAGCACUGUUUCCUUGGAGUUGUGUUGGUUACGAGUUGGACGAUGUUCGCAGCCAUCCGACUCUUGCUCGAACCAUGGGGAGGUCCACCUCAGUGCUACACAGCAUAUUGAGCUAUUUCAGGUGGGCUCACAUCGGCAUCAUCUCUUCCUCCGAGGACAUUUGGGUGGACACAGCAACUAAGGUGGCUGAAUCCUUAAGAAGCCAUGGUGUGCCAGUCAGACUAGUCAGCGUGAUGGAAAACACACCUCACGGCAUUAGGCGAACUCUAACAAAGAUCCGCAAGAUGGGACAAAUUCGUGCUGUGGUCCUCUGCAUGCACUCUGCGCUGAUCGGGGGCCCAGCCCAGAAGCUCUUCUUGGAAACAGCCUACGACAUGCAGAUGAUCGACGGCUCCCUGGUGUUUGUGCCCUAUGACACCCUGCUCUACAGCCUACCUUACCGGAAUGUGACCUACCCGGCUCUGAAGAGCAACAGCAAACUGCUGCGGGCCUACGAUGCCGUGCUGACUGUCACCAUCGACUCCCCUGAGGUGUCCUUCUACGAGGCCUACAGAGAGGCCAUGCAGAGGGGAGAGGUGGCAGAGACGCUCAAACCCCAGCAGGUGUCUCCUCUGUUUGGAACAAUUUACAACUCAGUUCUGUUCAUGGCUCACGCAGUGCAUCAUGUACGGGAGGCCAAGGAGAGGAUGUCGGGUGGAAAUCUGGCACAACGUGUCCGGAACCUGAACUUCCAGGGCUUCAGUCACCUGAUCAAAACCAGCAGCACUGGGGAGACUCAGCUGGAUUACCUCAUACUGGACACGGAUGGACUCUCCCCGAAGCUGACGGCAACUUACAAGAUCGACAUGGAGAUGGGCAUGGUCCGCUUCUUGGGUCAAGACAUUCACUAUCCUAAAGGUUAUGGACCCAAAAGGGAUGCCGCCUGCUGGUUUACUCCUGGAGUUAUCUGCUCAGGGGGUGUGGACUUGUUUCUGACCUUCAGCAUGUUCAUUGGUUCGAUUGUGGCGUCUAUCUUUGCAGUGGCUCUCUUGUACUGCAUCAGGCGGCGCAUCAAUCAGAUUCGACUGGUUAGAGGACCAAACAAGAUCUUGCUGACUCUUGACGAUGUCACAUUCAUUAACCCAUCGCUUAGCAACAAGAAGCUGAGUCUGGACGACAGCAGGACCAGUGCUGGAAGGAGCAUGUCCGAACGUAGCGUCCACACACCCGUCUCCUCCCAGUCCCCAGCGACUUACGAAAACUCCAAUGUUGUCAUUUUUGAGGGGGAUUGGGCAUGGUUGAAGAGACUACCCAAUGGGAAGUUUGGUCGCAUCAACCCGAAAACCAGUGAUGUUUUCGAGCUGAUGAAGGACAUGCGUCACGAAAACGUCAACCUUUUCCUGGGCUUCUUCCAUGACUGCGGCGUCUUUGCUAUUGUAACCGAGUUCUGCUCCAGAGGCAGCCUGGAGGAUCUUCUGCUAAAUGAAGAUGUCAAACUCGACUGGAUGUUCAAGUCCUCUCUGUUGCUGGAUUUAAUCAAGGGUAUGAAGUACCUCCAUCACCGUGGAGUGUGUCACACCCGUUUGAAGUCUCGUAACUGUGUUGUGGACGGGCGCUUUGUCCUAAAAAUAACAGACUAUGGCUACAGUGAGGUCCUGGAGUCACAGAGGUUCCCCUUUGUUGAACCACGUCCAGAAGAGCUGCUGUGGACAGCCCCAGAGAUCCUGAGGAGUGGGCAGCCACUGCUCUAUGGGACUCUACCUGGGGAUGUCUACAGCUUUGCCAUCAUCAUGCAAGAAGUGGUGAUCAGGGGGCCUCCAUUCUGCAUGAUGGACCAGUCCGAUGCAGAAAUCAUAGAAAAGGUCCGUAAGCCUCCCCCUCUGUGUCGGCCCGUGGUCAGUCCCGAUUACGCUCCGAUGGAGUGCAUCCAGCUGAUGAAACAGUGCUGGAACGAACAGCCAGACAAGAGGCCCAGCUUUGAAGAGAUCUUUGACCAUUUUAAGAACAUCAACAAGGGGAAGAAGACCAACAUCAUCGACUCAAUGCUGAGGAUGCUGGAGCAGUACUCCUCGAAUCUGGAGGAGUUGAUCAGGGAGCGCACAGAAGAGCUGGAAAUCGAGAAGCAGAAGACAGAGAAGCUGCUAACGCAGAUGCUGCCCCCGUCGGUGGCUGGGGCUUUGAUGGACGGCGGGACAGUGGAGCCAGAAUAUUUUGACAACGUGUCACUCUAUUUCAGCGACAUAGUGGGCUUCACCACAAUCUCAGCCAACAGCGAGCCUAUAGAGGUGGUCGACCUCCUCAAUGAUCUCUACACACUGUUCGAUGCCAUCAUCGGAAAUCACGAUGUCUAUAAGGUCGAGACAAUUGGUGAUGCUUAUAUGGUGGCAUCAGGUGUUCCCGUCCCUAAUGGGAACCGUCAUGCUGCAGAAAUAGCCAACAUGUCACUUGACAUCCUCAGUGCUGUAGGAACUUUUAAAAUGAGACACAUGCCUGAUGUUCCUGUGAGGAUACGCAUAGGACUGCAUACAGGUCCAUGUGUGACAGGUGUGGUGGGUCUCACUAUGCCUCGCUACUGCCUGUUCGGAGACACGGUGACCACUGCCUCCCGUAUGGAAUCCAGCGGGAUGCCCUACAGGAUCCACGUCCACGAGAGUACAGUGAAGAUCCUUCGGGAGCUUAAUUCCGGGUAUAAACUGGAGUUAAGAGGCAGAUCAGAAGUAAAGGGGAAAGGAGUAGAGGAGACGUAUUGGCUUGUGGGAAGGGAAGGAUUUACCAAACCUCUGCCCAUUCCUCCUGAACUUAAGUCUGGGCAAAUGGCCCACGGGCUGCAGAUGGCCGAGAUAGCCCAAAUGUCGCUGAAGGAAUCGAGGGACAUGAAGCAGGUGUUUCACAAGGCAGUGAAGAAGAUCUCUCACGUCCGCGUUGUGACUCAGCUCUACAUGCCCGAAGACGACGACAACGUCAUGAUGACGCACCACUGACCGAGUCGGCCCCCCGGGCUGGAGCCGCCUUUUUUUUUUUUAUGCCGCGGUUCCAAGGCCGCUGUUUCUGAGAAGAGAAAGGACGAUGGCGGGGAAAGCGUUGGCUCAGAUUAACAGCGGUCGCUGCGUUUGCUCAUUUGCAUUAUCAGCUUGAGCCGAGCCGAGCCGAGGUCUGGUGUGGAACUAUCUAUAGAGGCUGACAAUUGGUGACUCAGCAAAGCAGGGAUCUGCAGACGGUAUCUGUCAGCAGCAGAGGAAUGCAGCUAAUCUCCCUCACCCACUUCCGUCUCCUCCCCCUUUUCUUGGAGAAGAUUAAUUAGUAGGGUAUUUUGUAGUCCUUGCAACGUAAAAACAAAACAAAAAAACAACAGACCCCAGGCAAACUAAUGCUCAUAUCUUACGCAAUUACCUCAGAUGGCAUUAUUGGCCUGACUUGUUUUUGACUAGAGGUGAGUAGACAGUCACUGAAUGACUGAAAUCAUUCAAAGUAAUGGCACGUUUGUCAUUUUCCCUGUAAAGUGAAUAAUCCUGUGGUCAAAAAGGUGUAAUAAAAUAGUUAAAAGUCAUGUCUCUUAAUUGCCAUAGUUUUGUUUUAUAGACUGAUGCAAACUCUGAAGUCAUUCAAUAUUUCGUCAGACAGGAAGAAAGCAAAAAACAAGAUUCGCUCAAUGACUUUUAGGGAUUGCAGGAAAUAUCCAUCCAUCCAUCCGUCUAUAUGAAAACUUCACACAGAAAGGGAUUUGGGGUUAAUUAGGGUAAUCAACAGGGCAAAUGACACGAUGAGCGUACAAACAGUUACUAAAACCACAAUUUGUGGUGCCGUUUGAGAAAAUUAACUCCUCGGUAUGGAUUAUGAAGGCCUGUUCAAUAUCCCAUAAGCUAUUUUACAAACCUUGUAAACGUUUCAGAGAAUGUGAACAUUCGAUUGUCGCUUUAACUGAAGAAUUUCAAGUUAGUACAUCAAUAAACAGCAUUCCUGUAGACAGUGAACAUGUCAUGCUGACUUGUGCCUUGGCCAAAGCCAGACUUUGUGCAUAUUGUCACUCCCAUGGACACCAGCGAUUCCCACUUCCAUCCGAGAAGCCCGCUUUUAAAUUGAGUGCACAUGACAAGCAGGCUGGUCCCAAUCUCCAGUGUUAACGCAACAACUUGACCUUUGAGUAUUAUAUUCACAUAUAUUAGGCUUUACCACUGUGACCAGUUAGUAGGUUGGACUCAGAUAACUCAGAACUAUGUUAGAUCCAGGAAACAUUUUUAGAUUGAUCUAUGCGGGUGUUG